AUGAAGCCAUCACCAAUAUGCCAAUCCGACUCGAUAUGGGUAAAGGGUCCAGAUUUCCUGUAUUCAGACGAAGACAUGUGGCCGAAAGAACCUCUGCACCUAUAUUCAGAUCAUUGUGCCAAAGAAGAGUCCAAGAAAUGUAUGCUAGUUACAGCCAACAAAGCGGUACACAUUAUAGAAGUACACAAAUUUUCGUCGUAUCUAAGACUGUUAAGAGUAACUGCCUGGGUUAAGCGCUUCGUCGGUAACUUGCAAGAUAAGCAGCACCAACGAGGAGAACUCACAGCCAAAGAGCUGAAUAAAGCCGACAUCUACAUUUGCCGACAAGUUCAACUUGAAAUUUACCAUGAAGAAAUCAGUAUUCUACAAAAUAAGAAAUGUUUGCCGAAGUCAAGCGCACUAUACCAGCUUACGCCAAAGUUGGAUGAGGAUGGCGUCUUACGUAUUAAUGGUAGAAUCGACGCAGCCUAUUGCUUACCAUAUACAGCUCGCCAUCCAAUAAUACUGCCAAGUAGCCAUUACCUUACGACCCUAGUGAUGGAUCACUUCCACAGGAAAAGACAUCAUCAUAACGACCAAUUAACAAUUAACGAAAUGCGACAGCAUUUCUGGAUACCACGGUCCCGUUGCCUCUUAAAAGCAGUUAAAAGAAAAUGUCCUGUAUGUAUUCGCAGUAGCGUUAAGCCAGUUAUGCCGCUGAUGGGUCAAUUGCCUCCCGAUCACCUCACGCCAUAUGUACGACCGUUUUCAUAUGCGGGUGUUGAUUACUGUGGACCAUUUUGCGUUGCCAUUGGCCGUCGUCGUGAAAAGCGCUGGGUAACGCUAUUUACAUGUCUUACCACGCGAGCGGUGCACAUUGAGGUAGCUGAAGAUCUGUCAACCGAGGCCUUUAUUAUAUGUCUGAGGAAUUUCGUCAACCGCAGGGGUGUACCUGUUCGCCUGAGAAGCGACAAUGGCAAAAAUUUUAUUGGGGCGCAGCAUGCACUCGAAAGGGAUCAGCAACUCUUCGAUUUCGAUGUCAUACAACAAGAAGCCGCUAAGGAGAGAAUCGAAUGGGUUUUCAACUGCCCGGCUCAUCCAGCAUCAGGGGGAUGCUGGGAUCGUCUGGUGUAA